AUGUUGCCCCCAAAGGCAGCGGCAUUGGCCGCCUUUUGGCUGACGGUGGUCUUCUGCGCUAGCCGGAUGAAUGGAGUUGCGGGGCAGGCGUGCGUCGGCGUGCAGGACGCUUUGGGGCUGCAAAGCGCCGCUAGCAACCUGGCGGGGGAUGCGAUCGUCAACAUUUGCAACGACAUUGCGCUUUCUGCCACCAUUGGGAUCCAGCGGUCCAUCACCCUAGUUGGGCAAUGCCCUUCUCCCGGCUGCCGCAUCUACGCUGCGCCAUCCACGAGUACCACCAGCCUGCGACUCUUCGACGUCGCUGCAAACGCCGGGAACGUCAUCUUCCGGAACCUGUGGCUGGACAAAGGCGAUACCUCCAGAUCGAGCACCUCGAGCGGGACAUACGGCGGCGCGAUCUAUGCGCGGUCGUCUACAUACUUGGUGGCCGAUACCGUGCUGUUCACCAACAACCGUGCGUCGUACGGAGGUGCGAUCUACUACCAGGGAAACGCCACCAUCACAGCUUGCCAGUUUGUGAACAACAGCGCAUCUUCCGGCGGAGGGGCCCUGUACGCUGAUGGGACAGCCAUAGACGUCAGGAACUCUAACUUCACGCAGAACAGUGCGGACGAAGGCGGGGCCAUCAACGUGUAUUCUCUGUACGACUCCUUCGGCCCCACGGUUGCCACGAACUCCAUCCGCGGGUCCCUCUUUCUGUACAACAAUGCGACGUCGAAAGGCGGGGCGGUCUACGUGGACUCGGGUACGCGGAAUAUCACCAUCGCUGGCAACACCUUUGCCAACAAUACGGCCUACGAGAGCGGCGGGGCCGUGUUCGACGAGAGCAGCUACUUCACGCUCCUCAGCGGGAACAACUUCAUCCAGAACUAUGCGCCGUUAGGGGGUGCAAUGUCUUUAGACGACAGCUAUGCAACUGUUGCUAGCCCCAACGUCUUUACGCGCAACAGCGCAGACUCUGUGCUGGGGGGGGCCGGAAUCAGGGUGGCGAACAGCCCCUCGGACGGGACGACCAACUUUUGCCCGAGCCAACCGGUGGGGAUAGUCGUGCCGGGGGCUGGCGGGGUCGUCAACUCAAGCUGCGCCUUCGCCAACUGCGGCGUGAACAACCCGUGCGACCCCAUUGCCACGUGUACUCUUUCUGGGGGAGUUCCCGUCUGCGCGUGCCCUGCUGGCGUCAGCGGGAGCGGCUGGCUGUGCGACAACCGGGACGCGGGCCUGCUGGCAGUGGGCGCCAGCAACAACUUUACCGUCCCGCCCUUUGUCAGCCUGGCUGCCAGCCCCGUUGCCCUCCCCCCCUCCUCACUGUCUGCCACCCCCGCCCCCACUAAAACUACAACAAUCCCCGGAGCUUCCGCCCCCCAGUCCGCCGGAACCGUGACCGGAACCCCCCCGGCCGGAACCACAUCCCCCUUUCCUGCUGUCGCCCCGUCCAAAGAAAGCUCGUCGAAGACCGGGCUGAUUGCCGGGCUGGCGGGGGCGGGCGUCGGAGCGGUGGUUUUGCUCGGGGUGAUUGUCGGGUGUCUCGCGGUCCGCAAAAAGAAGCGCGCGCACCAUCUGCCGGUGGUCAAGGGUGACGUGGACGACGGAGGGGCCAAGAUGAGCGUUGACGGGAGUGCGGUGGACAAAACCGCGAGCACUGUGUCGACUGCGGAGGCGGACGCAGACGAGGCGCUCGGGUCUUCGUGGCGGCGCUUCACUUACUCGGAGCUCAAGCAGGCGACCGGGAGUUUCGCCCCGAGCGCACUGCUGGGGGAGGGCGCUUACGGGAAGGUUUACGUGGCAACUCUGGCCAACGGCUCGCAGGUGGCCGUCAAGCAGCUCAAAUCCGGAAACAAGGGCCUGGGUGAGCGCGAGUUCCUAGGCGAGCUUGGCACCCUGGGCCGCGUGCGGCACCGCAACCUGGUCGCGCUGCGCGGGCACUGCGUCACGCCAGACGCGUGCUUCCUCGUCCUCGAUUACGCCGCCAAUGGGAACCUGGAUGCGGCGCUGCGCAGCACUUCCCAGCCCCCCCUGGACUGGGAGACACGUGUCAACAUCGCAGUGGGCGCGGCACGCGGACUGUCGUAUCUACACAACGACACGGAGCCGCCAAUUUUGCACCGCGACAUCAAGCCCGCCAACAUUCUCCUGGACGCCAAGAUGCAGGCGGAGGUCGCCGACUUCGGGCUGGCGAAGCUGCUGGAGGAGGGCGACAGCCACCAGAGCACGCGCGUGCGCGGCACCUACGGCUACGUCGCACCAGAGUACGCGCUCAAUGGACAGGUGACGAAGCGGAGUGACGUGUACAGCUUCGGCGUGGUGCUGCUCGAGAUUCUGACGGGCUACCGGGCGCUCGAGCUGACGCCCGAGGGCGGCCGCAAGAACCUGGUGGACGCCGUGAUGCGCACUGCCCACUCAAUGCUGGGCCGUCAACAGCCGCUUGUCAUCAUGGACCCCCGCCUGGACAACCAGUUCUCCCCCUCUGCGGCGCUCCGCAUGAUCACGCUCGCGCUCGCGUGCUGCGCCACCGACGAAUCCCGCCGGCCCGACAUGGCCGACGUCCUGCGCGAGCUGGAGAGUCUUUCCAGGGGGGAGCCCGGGCCCGGGUUCCGGACCCCCCAGAACGAGCCGGCGGACGACGGAUCCGGCGACUGGUUCGGACCGGUGCGGACCGGGAGCAUCGGGAUGCAGACCGGGAGUACGGCGCAGUCGAGCGUCCCGAGCCAUUCCACGUGGAGCGAGAUGAGUGGCGUUAGUGGCAGCGAGGCGCACCAGAUGAGCAUGGCGUAUCAGAUGUCCAUGCUAACCCAGGGCCGGUAG